AAAUCGUUCUCAAGGACGGACCCCUUGUGUGUAUAUCUUGCGUUUCAUGCACCACAUCUCUAAAAUUCACUUAGUCGUGUGUUUUAUAGUUGAAACUAUGGUUGUUCAGCAAUAUUUGUUUCAGAUGUUAGCCACGGUUCCCCUCCGAUCUGCAAACUGUCUCUCAGUAUGUCGGAGGUCGUUAAAUACAUCAAGUACACAGUCAUCGUGGUUUUUCUCAAAAGAUAAGGAAAAGACUGCCGGACAUUCCUCAUUAAUCUCCAAGGAUAAAUCUGUUUAUGAGCUAGUAACUGAGACAGUUGUUCCCAACCAGUGGGAUGCUUAUGUUAAACACAAAGAGUUAAAUAUUCAAUCCUUGCUCGCGGUCCAGGAUGUGAGGUGCAAUCAUGUAGCAAGCUGGAGUGUAGUAACCGGAGAUACAUUAUUCAAAGCAGUUCAUCUCUUCAAGUAUGAUGACGGCUUUGAGGAUUUUGAUCACACGCGAACCUUGUUAAAAACAAACACACAUUAUCAAGAUGUUUGCAGAUCUGGACUUCACACAAUUAAUAAGAAGCAUGCCGAGCUCACUAAGGCUUUCAGCUUCUGGCCCUCUGCUGAUAAGAGAGAAGGAAAUAAUGUUUAUGAUAUCAGAUCGUAUGAGUUGAAACCCGGUUCUAUGUAUGAUUGGAGUAACUACUGGGCCCGUGGUAUUAAGCAUAGAUCCGCAGUCAGGCAAGAUGUGCCCUAUACUGGACUAUUUACCCAGCUUGGUAAACUUCAUACAAUCUACCAUAUCUGGUGUUACAAGAGCUUGGCAGACCGGAAGCAGUGUCGCGAAGGAACCUGGGCUCACCCAGAGUGGAACGAUAUUGUUGCAAAUACAGUUCCUCUUGUGAAAACAAUGGAAACUAAAAUUGUUGAACCACUCCCCUUCAGUCCAACCCAGUAGAUUCGUUUAAAGGGACUGUGCUCGAUUUAUCAAAUGACCUUUUGUUUGUGAAGUGUCGUGUCCGAUUUUUUCAGCUACUGUAGCGAAUGAAAUAUUUAAAAUUCUAAGGGUACUGUUAGCAAUUGGACAUGUCAAUCUUGAUAAUGAAAGAUCAGUUGGAGUAUCCUAAAUAGUUCUCAAGUCCGAUUUGAAGUUUAUGUCAAAUCAAACCUUUCCUUUCUACAUAUAUCGAUACCGUUCAAUGUUGGUUCUUGAAUCCAUAGUUCGGAAUUAAUUAUGUAAACAUAUUUACACGUGGUGCCAAUGAUUUCCUUCAAUGCAAGGAAGCAUAUUUAUACUUUUUAUGCAUCUUUCUUUCUAACUACUGAAUAUUGUUCACAUUUGGUGGCUAGUGUAAUUGUAACAGAAACCUCCAGAAACCAGAAGAUUUGCAUUAUUGUUAUAAACUAGUGCAUUUAUUUUGUACUUCAAUUUUCACCAAUUUAACCAAAUUAAACCAUAGUUUUCUACUAGAGUUAUAUUUAUCCUAAAGAAUAAACCAUGAAAUAUUU